AUGUCGAGGCGGAAGGACGUGUUUGACGGUAGAGCGAAGGUUGUGGCGGAUCGCUGUCCGGCGGGGUCAGCUCAGGCGACUGAGUUGCUCCUGUCGGCGGCCCCAUCCGGCCCCCCACUUAUGACGAACCGGCGCCGACAACCUGACGAUGACUUGGAUGUUUCUUCUGAUGACGUUUCUCGCUCCCAGGAGCGCAUGCUCGUUCGAAUGCACAAGCUUGCGCAUGGGGGUGACUACCCCGGUCGUGCGGAAGACGUAGCUGCCGUGCUUGCUUACUGCAAUAUCCGGAAGGCUGCUGCACUGCCGGGCACGGGGCGACAGGAGGCAGUUGCGCCGGUGGGGGCCUCGCCAGGUGCGUUGUCUGCGUCCCUGGCGACGGCGGUCUCACUGGGUGCGCCACGAGGGCCGGCCAUGCAAGAGGUCGGUUCUCUCGUGGCUGCUCCUACGGCCCUGCAACAGCAAGAACCCGUUGCCACGCCAGUUACUGCCCCGCCCUGCGCGAAGGGCACUACCGCGGUCUGGGCGGGUGCAAAGCCAGCUCAAGAGGCCGCCGUGAUUGCCGGCGACGACGACUUACCAGACGCUAAUCUUGCGGAGGCUAUUGCUGACGCCGACCGACGUGACGCUGACGAUGCUCGUGCGCUCCGGAAGCGCCGUGCAGACGUGGCUGACGACUCCGAUGUCCGCUCCCAAGCCUCCGACACUGCUCGGCCGCGGAAGAAAGCCCCUAAGGCCUCCCGACCCGCUGCUGCCGCCGCGGCCCAGGUGGUCGCGACGCCGCUGCGCACGAGGGGGCAGCAGCCCUCCACAGGGCCUCCUGACGUGCGCCGCCCCGAUGAGGACGGGUUCAUCACCCCUGCCAGGCGCCGCACGGCGCGGGCAGCUGUCCUACAGCCUGCGCAGCCACUGCCGACUGCCAACGCCUUCCAGGACGCGUCUGUUGACGUAGCGGAUGACGCUGGGGUUCCGCCCCGGAAAGCGGCGCCGCGAACCCCGCCGAUUGUGGUCCAAUGGGACGGCCCUUAUAAGCCGUUCGAGCAGAAGAUCGCUCGGGCGGCGCCCACUGCCAGUCGGCUGCUGACCCUGCACCCACGCCUGCAUCUCCCGCUGCCGCUCCCCGCCGGCGCCGACGACGGCCGCGGCGAUCGCCCCGCGACGGCUCGUCCGGCCGCUGGUGCCCCUCUGGAGUGGCGGCGGCCUGACCCCCAGGCUGUGCCCCCGCCGACACCGCCUCCUGCGGUUCCACCGCCACCUGCUGUUCCUGCUUUGGAGGCCGCCCCAGAGGACCAUCCACAGUAUCACAUUAGUUGCAGCGCAGUAGCACAGCACGCCAGCGCUGAGGGUGGUGCGUAUGACACGGCGGCUGCAGUUCACGGCGAGCGCGCCGCUGAUGGAUGGGCGCUGUCGCGGCCACAACGGCCGUCACGAUGGCCAGACGGCGUGACGCGGCGCCGGCCCGCGCCACGCAGCGCCGCGAAAUUAGUUAAUUGA